UCACUGAAUUCCGUCAGCAUCGCUUCACUUGCUAACUGGCUACCUGGCCUUCUGACUUGUUGCUGCAUGUAGACAGAUAUUUGAACAAACCCCCUCUUGUCACGCCCAUUCGGUCCUUUCGACCCAACUAAAAGUUGCCUAUUGCGCAUGGAUGAUUGGUGAAAUCCGGAGAAUUCGAGCCAGACCAUUGAAUUGGGCUAAAAUUAACGUUUUCAAGCGGAUCCGACGCUGUUUUCGCGUACGCACUUCGCUAGAUUAGUUUGAGGUUGUUCCCAAUUUUAGUGCCCCAUGCCGUCCAUUCACCCUCGAGUGGAUUUUAUCCGCUCCUCUAAGGUCUCCAUGCGGGUAUGCGGGCCCAAGUUGUCCAUCUGCGGCCUUUGUCUAAGUAUAUGGGGCAUGUUGCAGCUAGUGUUCAUGUCACUGGCUUUGCACAGCCGCAGUGUGGCCUUUGUCGAGGAUAUUCCUGAUCCUGGACCGGACGUGGAGACGCAAGAGCAAUAUCUUGCUCACAUGGAAAGGAAUUACGAUCUUUUGGCGCACAAUUGUGGAGUGGCUGCAUCUCUUUACCUGGUCACGUUUUUGGUGUCCUUGCAUCAGUAUUGGAUGAAUAGCAAAGCUUCGCCCACGGGAUAUCAGCGGUAUCAUUAGACGUCCUCAACCCGGAUCUUCCUCAUCAAAUCGCAACUUUCAGUAGUGACGUUUCUGAUGAACCUUAACACAUUGCUGUGAUACAACUGCCUUUAUGAUUUGGUCUACCAUCAUCACUGCUGGUGCCUUGAAACCAAUUCUCAGAGGCCGUCACGAGUCCCUUUUAACGAGUUGCUGACCAUCACUUUGGCAUAAUAAAUAGUCUUCUAUCUCCUUCUUA